UGAUAUUUUGCCCCCCCCCCUUUCCAAAUGGUCCCCUGGGAUUUCUGCCCAUGCCCUUUAUGAACUUUUAUUCCCAGCGUCAUGCAGAAUAGAGUUUAAUGUAUUAAGACAAAGAAUCGAGAAUAUUCAUAAACACUCUUUUAGAAAACAAUAAUUUGACAAUUCCAAUCCAGGCCUAUAAGCGUAGCGCUGUAUCCUCCUCUAAGUCCUAAACGAGAAUUAACAAUAAGACAAAGAAAGAGAAAACGAAAGAGGGAAGGGGGUAUUAUUUUUCUGAAUAUUACGUCAAAAUCUAUCACAAUAUUUAUUUUUUGUGAUAAAAUGUUGAUUUCUUUUUUGCUUGCUCGUAACUUUUCUGAAGAUACAAUUUUCCAGUUUAUACGCAUGACCCCUCAAAACAAUUUAACUCAUUACGCCAUGGAUUGGAAUCAUAGAUCGACGCCCCCUGUGAACAUGGAUGUUUAUUCUACAUAUAUUUAUAUUAAUUUUGAAGGAUAAAGUUUAUUUUGUUGUUUAUUUGUGAAUCACUCCUGUAUUUUUUCUUCUCUUCUUCAUAAAGAUGAAGCAAGUGAUCCUUUACAUUGAUGGCUACAUUUCCCGAAUCCAACGUCCAGACCACGCGGGAGACACUUAUUUUUGUGGUCAUGGGAAAUCUUGUGAUUCGAUCAAUACCCAACUCAUUACUGAUAAAUUUGGGCAAGUUCGUCAUAUAAUAACCGGAUUAUCUGGAGCAACACACAACAAAACAGCAACAGAGUGGAGCAUGACUUUCAUGCAGUUUCUUGACGAUUUGCCAGGUGACUACGUCGUCUUGGGAGAUCCUGCCUACAGAAAUCUUCACCCAUCAGUGAUACAUAGAGUGGUUAAACCAAAUCUCAGUGCUGAAGAAGAACGAUACAAUCUUGAUGUAACGAAGUUACGACAAAUUGUGGAAAGGGCAAUAGGAGCGACUCAGCUAAGAUGGAGAUUGUCGCAACUAAAAGAAAAUCGCAUGGCAGCCAAAGGAGGUAUUUUUUUUCCCUCCAAAUGUUUGGUUGCCAUGUCGUAUCUGCAUAACAGAUACACAAAUUACCUCGUAUGAAUUUCUUGCUCUUGAUCAGUAAAACAUCACAAACCGAUUUACAAACUACUAAUUCAAAUUCUUCUCUCGAGGAGUAAUAUUUGAUUUUUGUAAUGUUCAUUCAUAAUUCUUUCACUUGCGACUUUCUCCGUCGAACUAAGCUGUGUAAAAACACAUAAAUAAAAUUCAGUUCAAUUAAAUCUCCUUUUAUCGACAGAUUUCAAUUUACUCACAAAGUGAAAUGUUAUCAGUAGAAAUAGUUCAAAGUUCAACAUAAAUUAUUAUGAGCCCCCCAAAAGGAGAAAGGAAGUUGGGGGUCUAAUUUUGUAUCGACAACACUUAACAGCAACAUUAACUCUUUCCAAAAUCACCACAAAGCAGGCGCAGAUCCAGGGGGAGGGGGGCCUUUGAGAAGCAAAAUGUAUAAUGUAAAAAUGCCAUUAAAACCGAGGUU